AACACUCCGACGACAACGGUAAACCAUAACGUUGGUAAGAGAACGUUACGGUUCACGGUUGUCGUCAGAGCAUUUUGUUGGCGUAUUCCGGAGUGUAGAGAUGUCUGGCCACAACAAUAAGCAGACCGACUCCAAUAAGCAAAUUCUGACCGGUGAUACACCUAAAGACUCUGCUCUAGAUUUUGACCUUGAUAAAUACAUCAAGGUUAUCAAUCUGAAGUUUCAAGAGGCUUCGUUGCAUCAUAUGAAAAGGAUGGAAGAACUAAAGAAGAGGCAAACAAAAACGUUAAAGAAGAAUGAUGAACUGCUUCAAGCUCCUGCUACUGCAUCCACGAAAACCCAUCGAUGGGCUUAGUUGGGACACUAGGCACCCUUGCUGGUGUGGUUGUAGCUUGGGCAUCCAUGCAUGACAAUAAGCAAUCAAUGGAAAAGAAGAAACAGGGUUUGGCAGACACUAGACUGCCCAAGCAGUCUCCUCAGACGGUUGAGGCUCCCCAUGCCGUUGCUGCCUCGGUUGGAGCACUAAAGGAGUCUCCCCCAGCUGUCGCUGUUGGACCACCAAAGAGUCUCAUAAAUGAGCAUUCUAGCUAGGAAGAUCGGUACCGGAACCGGUACUGCCGUUGAGGAGUCUCCCACCUGCAAAAGCCAAAAGGCUGACAAAAGGAUGGGUGUGAUGUAUCAAAUGCUGCCAAGCUUUGUGAAAU